AUGGAUUGCAAGGAUCCGCCUAUUUUCGACGUGAACAACAACUUUACUCAUGAUCUUCUACGAACGUUAUUCCUAUUCCGACAUACCUAUUCCGAAUUUCAUCGUUACAUUGCUGUCUUGUUAUGUUGUUUUGGUCUGCUGGCGAAUUCAAUUCAUAUCUGGGUCCUGACACGACCGCGUAUGCGAUUCAGCUCUGUACAUUCGGUGCUUGUAUGUAUUGCUGUUUCGGAUAUGGGUACGAUGACGUCAUAUAUGGUCUACAUUACACGAUUCGAGUUUAUGGCAGAUACCAGCGGUUAUCCUUAUGGAUGGGCUUUAUUCCUGAAGAUUCAUGUCGUUAUUUCCAUUGCACUUCAUGCGAUCACCCUAUAUUUGGUUGUGCUUAUGGCGUUCAUUCGCUUCAGUGCCAUGAAAGUCUCGUCGUCGGAAUGGUUGCGGUCUGAACGUGCGAUAGUUGCUGCCAUUGGAAUUGCCAUAUCCGUGUUCGUGUUAUGUAUACCAACGUUGCUCGCACACGAAACGGUUCCCAUGCGAGCGUUUUCGACGGAUGGAGAGAUAUCGACGAGAUACAGCAUUGGAUUCUCGGAAAUGAUGCUUGAGAAUGGUUGUUUGCUUAUGAAAGGAAACUUAUGGCUGACUGGAAUUUUCCUGAAGGCAAUUCCAUGUGUGCUACUUUUUUGGUUUACAAUCGCAUUGAUCGGAAGAAUGAAGGAAAACAAAGAGAAGCGGACAAAGCUGCUGAAGACUCGCGAUGAGAAAGGAAGACGUGACAUUACUACCUACAUGCUCGUCUUCAUGGUUACGGUAUUUCUUAUAACCGAGUUACCUCAAGGUGUUAUGGCUGUCCUUAAUGCACUCUACACAUCCCAAUUCCAUCAGUAUGUGUACUUAUCGUUGGCUGACGUGCUGGAUCUGCUGUCGUUGAUCAACUGUUAUGUGGCUUUCCUCGUCUAUAUCUGCACAAGUUCACGUUAUCGUCAAACAUUGCUGUCUAUACUACCAAAUAUGCCGACGAUUCUCUCAGCUGUUACGUCACGUCAAAAUACGAUCAGGCGAGAGAAACUACCGUAUUCCUCUCUUAACGGGGCUCCGUGUCCUGUCGUUGGAGUGGCGACAAGAACGGAGCAUGAUCAGCUUUUGUAG